GUCUCCCACCGGCCGUCUCAGGCCAUCUCUCCAAGUGCCUCCACGGCAGCAGGGAGCCCGGACUCCCUCCCUUCCUUCGACAACUACUCUGCUCAGCGCUCUCCUCGCAUCCAGCGCCCCAUCCCCUACAGCAUCAACCGUAUCAGCUUCUCUCCCGAGCCCCUCACGCUGGGUGCGGAAUGGUCGACGUGCUGGUCUUACGAGCUCCUCAAGCGCUACUGGGAGUUCGGCCUGCAGGCUGACAGGCUGCUGCACAUCUUCAACAACCUCCCAGCUCAGCUCCAGCACACCAUCAGCUACGGGCUAGCGACGCUGCUCAACGCUCUCAACAAGAAGUCGUCCAGAGCGCACGAGGAGGGAGGGGGAGGAGGAGGAGGAGGAGGAGGAGGAGAGGGCUACGGGAGCAGCUGCCCGCCAGACUCGAGCAUGUACUGGCUGGAAGAGGACAUGUGGAAUAAGAACGAGCAGGUGGCGUUCCUCCGAAUCCUCUGGGACCCAGUGAACCAUCGAAGGACGGACUUCUUCACAAACGACAUGAUGCCACGACUGUGCGGCAUCCACAAGGAGGAACUGGUGACCAGGUUCGCAUCGCACGACGCGCCCAUGUGCAUGACGGAUCUAGAGUUCAUCUGCUACAUCAUCGACGACGUGCUCAACUGCGACAAGAAGACUCUCGUUCGCUACUUCCGCUACGGCUACUGGAACGAUGAGCUCGGGCCCCGUUGCGUGCUGGUGCAGCAUAUCAAGGACAAGCAGCUUGACUGGAAGGGCAGGUCGUACUGCACGAAGCACUACAUGCGAGCAGUCUCGGCAGAAGAGUUCGACGAGGCGCAGCGGCGGGACCCAAACUGCACUCGUCCUCUCAUGUGGUCGACGGGCGACCUGCGAAGGGCGGACGAGCUGAGCAGGGACUACAAGAUAGACAGAGAGCAAGAGUGUAUGGAGAAUCUGCUGGCGACGGAGGAAGGGAGACUGAAGCUGCAGCUGCUGGAGGAACAAGUGAAGUUCCAAGUGAGCCAGAUGGUACAGCACUUCCGAUGA